CAUGACGAUAUAUGGAAGUAUACGAUCGGGUUCAGAUCCCCAAUCCAACAAAAACAUAAAAAGCAGCAGCAGCAGCAGCAGUAGUCGUAGUAGUCGUAGUAAUAGCAUAGGUGCCAUUGAUGGACAUCCACGGGAGGCUCAAAAGAAGGAAGCUGACGAAAUAACGACCAUCAUCCAGCACAGUAAAAAAGGCAGUAGUAGCAGCAGUAGUACCAAUAAUGGAAGCGAGUCCUCAAACAUCGGAGACAACUAUGAAGAUGAUGACUACGAAGGCAACCAACGAUACAAGAGUCGACUUGAUACUUUGAGUUUGACGACGUUGACGGUUUGCCUAUGUACCUCCGGGUUUUUUCCUGCGCUGGACACGACUGUCGUUUUCACAACAUUGAAUGACAUUGGAACAGAGUUCCAAUGUUCCAACAUUGCUGCAUGGGUCCAUACAUCUUACUUACUUGUCACGGUCAUGGUUCAGCUUCUUUAUUCCAAAUUGUCCACUGUAUUUGGACGGCAACCGAUGCUUGUUUGCGUCACUGCCUUCUUUCUCAUAGGAAAUGUUGGCUGCAGCUAUGCAACUACUUUUAGCCAAUUAAUCGUGUCUCGCGUAAUUGCUGGCAUGGGUGGUGGCGGUACCACGGUUAUGAUUAUCACUGUGCUUCAUGAUCUUUUACCUGCACGGAAACGAGGUGUGCAUCAAUCUUAUGUUGCUACUGCUCAAACGCUGGGUAUGGCAUUUGGGCCGCCAGUUGGUGGUUUUCUCACUGAGAACUUUGGUUGGCGCUACUGCUUCAAAAUCAGCAUUAUCCCUCUUUUGAUCGUCUUGUAUAUCUACACAUUCCGGUUACCAAACUACAGUCCAGUCGAGGAUGAUGAAACCAGUACCAAAAGCAAAAGAUUGUCAUCAUCAACGAUCGCAUCUACUGCAACAAGUGAACCCAGUACUAGUAGUAGUAUCGCUUUUACAACCAGCAAGGGCAACAGCAAUGAUAGAUGCAUUAGUAGCAGCGUAUUCAAAAAGCUGUAUGCGAUCGAUUUUCUUGGGGCGAUUCUCUUGGGCACGGCCAACACUACAUUUGCCACAGGAUUGACGCUGGGCGGCAACACACGAUCGUGGACCGAUUUAUUCAUUAUAUCCAUGCUGGCCAUGUCUAUCAUUUUUUACCUGAUCUUCGGUAUUUAUGAAAUGUUCGGAGCAGCUCAUCCAUUAGUGUCACGGCUCAUAGUAUCCAACCGCAACACAAUGAGCAUAUGUAUAGCCAGUCACCUAUGGGGACUGGGUACUUCGGUUUCGUUUUAUGUGCUGCCUCAGCUUUUCAUGGGAGUACUCGGAUUAAAUCCGGCUCAAUCUGGAUUAUGGACGAUGAUCGAGUCAGCAUCCAUUUCAGCCGGGAAUAUGCUUGCAGGCCAAUAUCUUAAACGAAUGCCUCGGACUCGAACCUUUAUACUGACAGCCACUACAGUCUAUACUGUUGCCACCGGCGCCAUGUCCAUGUGGCCUUCGCCCGGUUUUCCAUUUACGCUCGGUAUAGUUUGCAUUAUAAUCGAAGGCCUGAUGUCGGGUGCCUUUGUUAUGACUACGAUUAUGGCUGUAAGUGCCAAUAUUCCUCGUCAAGAUGUUUCGAUUGUUUCAUCUGUAGCUGUUAUGUGUCGGCUCAUGGGAUAUCUAAACGGCGUUGCUGUUGCAUCAGCCAUUUUACAAAGCACACUCAAAGUGUUCUUGUAUGAUCAUGUAAAGGGUGACGACGCAGAAACAAUCAUCGUAUUCAUUCGUACCUCGAUACGUAAAGUACAUACCCUGCCACUGGACAUCCAGCAGAUGGUCGCCGAGGGACUUGGUCGUGCAAUCCAGAGAACAUUCUGGUUUGCUAUCGCAUGUACAACAAUGACAUUUAUCGUCAUGCUAUUUAUGAAAGAUCAUCCACUUUGGAACACAGAGCAAAAAAUCAGUAACAACAGAAAAUGAGUAAAUAUAC